AUGAGAAAAGAGAGCAAGGGAUCGAGGAUAAGCGAUUGGACUUUUAUUCCAUCAUCAUGGCUACCACAGAUAAAGUAUUCUGAUGUUUCCAAGGAGUCGCCGUUGAGCGACAUUCGCAAAGAGCGGCCCACCUCCAGUCUGUCGUCAUCGACUAAUAUCCUUCCGGUGCCGAAGACACUGCGCCAGGAUACAUAUGAGGACGGGAGGGAAUGGAUUAGAGGGGCAUUGCUGUGUACCUGUGCUGCGGGGGCAAUCUUAUCCCUCAAUAUCAUCCUCACAGUUAUCGCGACUGCCCUAGGCCUCUCAAAGCAUGGAGGAAGCUUCCAAGCAAUAAAUGUUUACGAAGGAAGCUGUCCGAUGGCGAGUAACUGGGCCACUGGAUUACAUGCGUUGAUCAACGUCCUCAGCACUUUUCUCCUCGCUGCCAGUAACUAUGUGAUGCAGUGCUUGGGUGCGCCUUCCCGAGCUGAUGUCGACAGGGCUCAUCGGAAGCGCAGGUGGUUGGAUAUCGGUACUUUCAGUGUGCGGAAUCUCUCAGUUCUGAACAAUAAACAGCGGAUCUUGUGGGGACUGCUAUUGGUAACGUCGACGCCAAUUCAUAUGGUAUAUAACUCGGUGAUCUAUUCUACGGUCUCGGCAUUGGAUUAUGCUAUCCUAUUAGUUCCCGACGAUCUGGCCUCCAAUGAACCUCUUGCGGCAGCAGAUGACAACUUUGAACGUGGUUUUUUCAAUACCGUUGGCACUAGCGCUGCUGAUAUACAGACCGAGAUGUUCAACGGCACAUAUAGAGAUGUGGAAGCGCAGGAAUGCUUGGACGCAUACAACACAGAGUUCAACAGUGACUUGGGCACUCUCAUCGCGGUUACAAACCGCCAUUUCUUCCAUAACACGACAGUUUUGAAAGCCAGGAUCGAUAGUGGACUUUUCUCAGGAACUAUGGACACGCCCUCAUGGGCCGCAAAUAUUACCUUUAAACACGGCAAAGACCCAAUAUACCCAAAUCAACUUGGCAUUGGUGGCGAUCCCAUAGCUUCGCUUUCGUUCCCGGAGAUACCCGUUUCGCGGUGCAUGAUUAAGCAGAGAAGAUCGCUCUGCCAGCUGACCUAUAGCCCGGCAAUCGCAGUCGUUGUAAUUGUGUCCAACAUGAUAAAAGUCGUCUGCAUGUAUUUGACAGCCAGAACCAGUCGGACACAUCUCCUAUUGACUGUUGGCGAUGCUAUAUCAUCUUUUCUGGCAAAGCCGGAUCAGGUGACCCAAGGCCAAAGAAAUACGAUGCGUCCGUCUGACGGAUCGAGAUCCUCCUCUAUUGUACCAGGGCCUGGUCAGCAAGAAGACCAGUACUUUGUUCCGGGGGGACGAAAAAAGUGGUAUCGGGCCGUCAGCACAAAACGAUGGAUGAUGGCCCUUACUUUCUUUGCCUUCUGUGCGCUACUUUCUGUAGUACUAUUCCUAUUGGCAUUUCGUUUGGUAGGCAGCUUGUCAGCUGCGUGGGACUUGGGCUUUGGGAAGUUCAACGGAAACAACAAAAUCACGAGUCCAGGGAUAAGAGAAAACACUCUAUCACUGGUUCUUCUCACCAACACACCACAACUGGCAUUAUCUAUCCUAUAUUUCUUAUUCAACGGAAUUUUGACCUCCAUGCUGGCCGCAGCGGAAUUUAACAACUACGCCGUCCGAAGAAGACCACUCCGAGUUUCCUGGCCCAAAGGCGAACAGCGAUCAACCUACUACCUAAGUCUGCCUUACCGAUACAGCGUACCGCUGAUCUCAAUUUCUGCAGCGUUGCACUGGCUUCUUUCGCAGAGCAUCUUCUUCGUCAACAUCGUAGCUUAUGAUGUGCACGACGAACCCGUUGUCGGGGAGUCUGUGCGAGGUUGCGGCUACUCGCCAUUUCCUAUGUUCAUCAUUCUUCUCACGUCGGGUAUACUUUUCAUAAUAUUCUAUAUACUAAGCACCCGUUGGUUCAAGUCUCCGAUGCCCCUGGCUGCUGAGAAGAGUGCUUCUAUAAGCGCAGCUUGUCAUCCUCCACCGGACGACUGUGAUGCCGCAUUGAAGCCGGUGAUGUGGGGUUAUAAAGUGUGGCAAGAUGAGUGUGAUGUGGACUCGCUGAGUACUAGUUCUAGGACUGGACUCUCGGAGACAUUGCAUACUUGCUACACGUUUACAUCCAAGGAAGUAGUAGCCUGCUAGCCCAUUUGCACAGAUGAUUUGGAAUUUUAUCUUCUUUGUGAACCAGACUUCACCUUCACUGUUAUUCUAUCUAUUUAAGACGCCGGGGCAUGGGAUUCUAUUACCAUGCAAAGCCAGUGGACGCGUAUCAUAAUCUAUAUUCUACUUUUUGGAUAGUAUAAUUCAUGACCGAAGAUGG